GUCGUCGACAUGGGAGCGGACCCCAGCCCGCGCUACGCCCCUCCGGAUCCCACGUUGCCCGCCCCUUGGCGGGGCCUGGUUGACGGCUCUACAGGUUACCUCUACUACUGGAACCCCGACACCAACCAGACACAGUAUGAGCGCCCGGGCGGGCCGGCUCCUGCCGGCGGAGGCGGGGGAGCAGCGGCGGUGAACGGCGCGAGCGCGAAGAGCGCGCAGCAGAAUGGAGGACAUGCGGUGGCUGGCGAUGGGGGAGCGCAGAAGACGGCGGCGGCGGCGGCGGCAGCAGCUGCGGCAGCGGUUGGUGGUGGCGGCGGCGGUGGUGUUCAGCACGUCAACGGCGCGGCAGCGUCUUCCGAUGAUGUUGUGGCGUACAAGCGAAAACACGAGAUUACCGUCGUGGGAUCGAACAUACCACCGUUUCUAACCUUCGAGGCUGCCAAUUUCCCUUCUGACAUCUACCGCGAGCUCAAGGCGGCGGGGUUCCCCACGCCCACGCCGAUCCAAGCGCAGUCAUGGCCCAUAGCGCUCUCAGGCUCGGACGUGGUUGCCGUGGCUAAGACAGGCUCGGGAAAGACGAUCGGGUACCUGCUGCCCGGGUUCGUGCACCUGCAGCAGCGGCGCAACAACAGCCGCCAGGGACCGACGGUGCUGGUGCUGGCGCCCACGCGCGAGCUGGCCACGCAGAUCCACGCGGAGGCGGUUAAGUUCGGUCGGUCGUCGCGCAUCAGCAGCACGUGCGUGUACGGUGGCGCGCCCAAGAACCCGCAGCUGCGCGAGCUGCAGUACGGAGCGGACAUUGUCAUCGCCACGCCAGGCCGCCUCAAUGACUUCCUCGAGGCCAACCAGAUCAGCCUGCGCCAGGUGUCCUACCUGGUGUUGGACGAGGCGGAUCGCAUGCUGGACAUGGGAUUCGAGCCGCAGAUCCGCAAGAUAGUGGCGCGCGUGCCCGGGCGGCACCAGACGCUCAUGUACACGGCCACGUGGCCGCGCGAGGUGCGGCGCAUCGCAGAGGACCUGCUCUCCUCGCCCGUGCACGUCACCAUCGGCAGCACCGACCAGCUCGUUGCUAACAAGUCCAUCACCCAGAUCAUUGAGCUGCCAGCGCCGUACGAGAAGCAGCGUCGGCUGGAGCAGAUCCUGCGCUCGCUCCCCCGCGGCUCCAAGGCCAUAGUCUUCUGCUCCACCAAGCGCAUGUGUGACCAGCUCUCACGCUCCCUCGACCGCAGCUUCGGCGCCGCAGCCAUUCACGGGGACAAGUCCCAGCCCGAGCGCGACCACACUCUGGCCCAGUUCCGCUCCGGCGCCAUGCCCACCCUGGUUGCUACUGACGUUGCCGCGCGCGGGCUCGACGUGAAGGACAUUCGGUGCGUGAUCAACUAUGACUUCCCCACGGGUGUGGAGGAUUAUGUUCACCGGAUCGGGCGGACGGGGCGGGCCGGGGCGACGGGGACGGCGUACACGUUUUUCGGGCCGCAGGACGGGAAGUAUGCGAGGGAGUUGAUCAAGGUGUUGGAAGGGGCGCAGCAGGUGGUUCCUCCGGAGCUGCAGCAGAUGGCUGCUAGUGCCGGGCCGGGCCGAGGGAUGUCCAGAUGGGGCGGGACCGUGGGGGCAGCGGCCGGCAUGACGACAGGGACAGGGAUCGCGACCGCGAUGCCGAUCGCUACCAAAGCAGGAGAACCCGCAGCCGCAGCCGCAGUCCCAGCCGUAGCCGCGGCCGCAGCAGGAGCAGGAGCCGCAGCAGGAGCCCCCGGAGAAAAAGCAGGGAGACAGCCCGCCGCGGCUCUCGCAGCCGCAGCCGAUCCCGCUCCCCCCGCCGCCGCACCAGAAGCAAGUCCCGCACGCCGCCCAGCAGAAGCCGCCGCAGCAGCCGCAGCCCGCCGCCCGCCCGUAAGCGCCACAGCCGCAGCCGCAGCAAGAGCAGGAGCCCGGAGGCCCGGCGGCGCCGAACCUACAGCCGGAGCAAGUCCCCUGGUGGGAAGCAUCGCAGCCCUGUGCGCAGUCCUGUGGGGAAGAAAGACUAGAAGUGGAACUGUGGAGGGAAAAAAUGAGGGACGAGUUUUGCAAGAGAUCUAG